GGAAUCGCUCAUUAGGCAUAAAGGCACUUCCUUUUUCUCUUUUUUCAACUGUGAGAAACAGGGGAGAAAGUGCGAAAGCUGUAACCUUUCUCCUCUCUGUGGAUCCCCCCUGCUAAAUCUCUUUUGGGGAGAGAGAGAAUCAUGUUCAAAUUGCACAGGCACAGGUCUGAGAGAUUGGGGGAGAGGGUUGAGUUCAGAUUCUCCAGCUUACAGGCGUUUCAGAUUCCUAAAGGAUGGGACAGGCUUGUUUUGUCUAUUAUCUCUGCGGAGACUGGAAAAACAACUGCGAAGUCCAGCAAAGCAACGGUUCGCAGUGGAACUUGUCAAUGGACAGAGAUCUUCUCAGAAUCCAUUUGCAUUCCGCAAAAUGGUGGAUCAAAGGAUAUUGAAGAUUGUGUGUUUAAAGUAGUAGUUUCCAUGGGAUCACAUCGAUCAGGUAUCUUGGGAGAGCUUACUAUAAACUUAACAGAUUAUAUGAGUUCACGUGACUCUGGUUCACUUUCUUUGCCAUUAAAAAAGUGCAACUAUGGGACAAUUCUGCAGAUCAGGAUUCAGUGCCUCAACCCAAAAAGAGGAUUCAGAGAUGUAAGCCGUGUUAAAGAAACAACUUACCAUCUUCAAGGUCUUCAUACUGAUAAUGAUGCGGUGCAAAGCAAAUCAGAUGGAUCUGAUAUGCUUAACAAGAGUUUGGGAUCUUUGGCUCCAGAAGAACCUAUACAGCAGGACACAAGUUUCUCAGCUUCAGGGUCACAUCGUAGUUCCGACUCUGGAGACAGUUCUAUUGGCAGACUGAAUUUUUCUCCCAGAAACAAUGUAAAUGGUGGAUCAUAUAUGGGACGGCAAGAUUCAGCUGAUUCUCAUAUUAGCGCAGCAUCGAGUGUUGGUCCCGCCGAUGAAUUUUCUCGAUCAAACCCAUCGUCGUUCAAUUCUAGGGCCUCAGGCUCAUCAACUCCAAAUCGGUGGCAAAGUGAUCUUGCCCCGAUUUCUCUAAACCCAUCUGGUUCAUCUAAAGAGCUUCUUGAAGCCGCUGAAGAAACAAUCGAAGAGCUUCAGGAUGAGGCGAAAAUGUGGGAGAGACAUGCUCAGAAAUUGAAACUAGAUAUUGAGAAACUAAAGAAGGAAUGUUCAGAAAAAUCUAAACGGCAGGCUGAGCUUGAUAUCGAGCUUUCUGCUGCUUACUCUGAACGCGAUUCUCUGAAGCAUGAGGUUAAACAACUUAAAUCAUCUUUAGACGAUGUGACGACAAAACAAAGUUCUGCUAUAUUAUCUAAAAAUGAAGUUACUUUACGGGUUCAGAAGGAAUUAGAGGACGAGGUGAAGUUUCUGAAAGAAUCCAAUGCUAGUCUAAGUAUUCAACUGAAGAAAAGUCAAGAAGCAAACCUUGAGCUUGUUGCUAUUCUCGAGGAACUAGAAGAGACUGUAGAGAAGCAGAGACUGGAGAUGGCCAAUCUUCCACAACAAAGUUUGGGUAGUGGACAUGAUGGUGAAAAUUGGAGUAAAAAACUGAUGGAUGUUGAAGCAGAGUGGGCAGCUAAGUUAUCUUCAAAAGAGGAAGAAAUCAGAGUUUUAGAGGAGAAGCUUUCUGGUUUGCUUAAUGCUGAAUCCAAUGUUAGUCUAAGUAUUCAACUGAAGAAAAGUCAAGAAGCAAACCUUGAGCUUGUUGCUAUUCUCGAGGAACUAGAAGAGACUGUAGAGAAGCAGAGACUGGAGAUGGCCAAUCUUCCACAACAAAGUUUGGGUAGUGGACAUGAUGGUGAAAAUUGGAGUAAAAAACUGAUGGAUGUUGAAGCAGAGUGGGCAGCUAAGUUAUCUUCAAAAGAGGAAGAAAUCAGAGUUUUAGAGGAGAAGCUUUCUGGUUUGCUUAUUGCUGAAUGUCCUAAUGAAAUGGAAUGGAGUCGUGGUGAUCCUGAUUUGAUAAAAGAAAUUGAUGAUUUGAGGGGUAAAUUGCAGGAGCUGGAAAGAGAUUGUGCUGAACUUACCGAAGAGAACCUAGAACUCAUAUUUAAGCUGAAGGAAUUUGGUAAAGGCAUCAAAGGAGAAAACUAUCCUAAUAAUUCUGACUCUGAAAUUGAUUCUCUUAAAUCACAAGUUCAUAUGCUAGAAGAGGAACUUAGAACAAAGGAAAUGCUUAAUGGAGGUCUGACAGAAUCAACAAAAAUCCAGAUGAGAAGCCUUGAAAAGAAAUGUGCCGAUCUUGAAGUUGAACUGCAAAACUUUAAAGAUCAAGCUUGUCAUCUUGAUAUCAAACUUCGUGAAAGCCAGUGGGAAGUAAAAGGAAAAAUAUCAGAGCUAUCUGAGAUGCAACAAAAAUUUGAAAGUUUCCAACAUAAAGAUAAUAAUACAGGAAAUGAAUCAAACUUGGAGGAUCUCAUUUCACUGAAAGAAAAGGAGAUUGAUGAGCUUAGACAUGAUAAAGAGGAAUUAGAAGUUCUGAUUACUAAUAUACAACAAGACAGAAGUCAGCUGGAGGAAAAUCUGGCUAGUGCACUGAGAGAAAGCAGUAUAACCUCUCAAUGCUUUGAAGAUGUGCAACAUGAGAUGAAACUUCUUGCUAGCAGUGUGGAUUCUCAUAAUUCAACUAAUAAGAUGCUUGAAAGGAAAGCAAUGGAAUUGGAAAGCAGCAAAAAUGAACUUGAGAAACAAGUAUCUGAGUUAGAGGAAGAAAAUGUACAGUUAUCUGAGCGCAUAUCAGGAUUAGAACCCCAGUUGAAGUACCUGACAGAUGAAUUAGAAGAUUCUAGAUGUAUUGUAGAAGAUCUUAAGGCUGAAGUUGCAAAACUGCAAGGUGAAAUCGGAACACGAGAAGGGGAACUAAACCAAAAGCUGCAAGACGUACAGAAAGGGUUGUCAGAAAAAGAAGAGGAGACUGAGCAUCUAAAGAGAUUGCAUUUGAAGUUACAGUCAACACUAGACAGUCUUACUGAAGAAAACACUUCACUUCAGAAAUCAAAUGGAGAUUUACAGAAACAGAAAUUGGAUUUGCAUGAACGAGGUGCACGUCUAGAAGUUGAAUUGAACAAAUCACAGGAGAAGACUUCUGAGUUUUUGGAGACGGUUGAACAUUUAGAGUUAAAACUAUCUUUGAUGCAAAAUGACGUUGUUUCUAAGGAAAAAACACUAACUUCACAGUUAGAGAGCAUCUUCGAAGAUCGCGAGAAUCAAGAAGAGAAAAUUAGCCAGGCAAAAAUCAUGCUAAAUCAGAUAGAUUCACAAAAAACAGUUGAACUUGAGACUCUUAAGGGGGAGAUCUCACACCUCUCUUCACAAUUAUGUGCUACUCAAGAUGAACGACAGAUGAUGGCAUCGGAUGCUGUAUUAGAGGUUUCUGGUCUGCGCUCAGAUAAAAUUAAACUUGAGAGCAGUCUACAAGAAGCCUUAGCUAAGAUUAAACAAUAUGAAACUGAGCUUCAAUCUCUCAAACAGGAGUCUGGAAAGAAGCUUCAAGGGUUAGUCGACCUGCUAAAUGCUUCUAAACAGAGCGAGGAAACUUUGAUGUCUGACAUUGAGCACAUUCAGAGACAAGCUGAGGCUGCAAAAUCUGGCGAAGAAAAGUUUAAAAAAGUGGCAAUUGAACUAGAGUUGAAGUUAAAAGCUUCUGAUUAUGAAAAACAGCAAAUCAUGGAAGAAAUUUCUAGCUUAAAGGUACAAGUACAAAAGGUCAGUCAUCUUCAAGAUGAAAUUUUGGUUCUCAAGAGCUUCCUUGAAGAGUCAAAGUCUGAGAAAGGAAAAUUGGAAGGAUUGUUACGGUCAGUAUCUGAGGAAUGUGAAGGACUGAAAAUGGAGAAAAUAUCUUUCAUGGAGAAAAUUUCAAAUAUGCAGAAGGCUUUAAUUGCUUUGGAAGAAAAACUACUCAGGCUGGAGGGUAAGUUGAGUGCAAAAGAGGCAACUGAGGUUCAUGUUGAAGAGUUGAAACAUGAAAUUAACUAUAUGAAGGAAGAAAAUAGCGAAUAUCAGAGGAAGAUACAAUGUCUGGAGGAGGAAAAAUCUGAACUAGUGAUAAAAGUUAAGGUUAUGGAGGAUGAAUUAUACCAGGAUAAGAUGGCUCUUGACAAGGGUGAAGAAAAGCUGCAUGAUCUUGAAGCUACAAUUCGAGACCUGGAGGCUAAAGUUAAGUCACUUGAAAAUGAACUGACUGAAUCGAUGGAAACAAAUAACAUGUACAAGAUUCAACUUCAAGGAUUAAUGUCGGAAAAGCAAAGCAACAACAGUAAAGCUCCAAAGAUUGUUUCGAUGGAAGCAGAGUUGAAAGAAAUGAAAGAACGUUUCUUGCAUAUGAGCCUUCAGUACGCCGAAGUAGAAGCUCAGAGGCAAGAGCUGGUACUAAAGCUCAAAACUACCACAGCAAAAGGAAAGACUUGGUUCUCUUGAUGAGCAUUAGAAGGCAUUUAAGUACUGGUCAUGACUCUCACUGGCCUGCAAGUCAUUCUUCACAUUCUUUCAUUUUGAUAUUUAUCGGUAUGUACAUGUUAUUUUUCCAUUAUUUAUGCCAAGGGAUGGUAUUUCUAUCCUUCAGCGAUCUUGUAAUGAACUGUUGAGAUGGACGCAGUUUUCUUUCUGCCCAUUGAGAAAGUACAAUAAGCAACUUGUAUCUAGUUACUUAAUAAUUCAUCCUGUUGUUGAUCGAGAAGGCUGCUAUAAAAAUAAGCAUUCCUUAAAUUUUUUUCAAUU